GCCAUGAAUAACGAGUUUAUUGGUUCAAACUUAAUACAGGAUAGCAUCCCGUCCAAUAGAUCAUCAAGAAAAUGUUCUUGGCCGUUGUCUGGCAGGAUGAUCGACAGGCUAAGCGCCAUCAUCACAGCUGUGACCACAGUGCAGCAUGCGCAGCUGACAUCCAUUCUCAUCCACCACAUCCACUGUAACAAUACCAUCCCAUAACCUUGAAACAAUGCAACGAAACCGACAUCCAAGUAGUACCCCUCCUCUCCACGCAUAACAAAUAUCACAAUCCUCUGAGGAGAUGGCGGAGAUGGA